AUCAUAACAACAAGGGAUAAGCAGGUAUUGAGAAAUUGUGAAGUUGGUAAUGCUAGUAUAUAUGAGGUUAAAGGAUUAGGUGAUGAUGAUGCUUGCAAACUUUUUAGACAGCACGCUUUUAGACAAAACCUUCCUACUGAAGAUUAUGGGGAGUUGUCAAACAGAGUGGUAGCAUAUGCCAAAGGUCUUCCAUUAGCUCUUAAAGUACUAGGGUCUUCUCUUUAUUCAAAGGGAAAAGAAGUUUGGGAAAGUGCAAUAAAUAAACUAGAAAAAGGUCCUCCUUUGGGUAUUAAGAAAAUACUAAAGGUUAGUUAUGAUGGACUUGAAAAAGAAGAAAAGGACAUAUUUUUAGACAUUGCAUGUUUCUUCAAAGGGGAGAACAUAAAUUCAAUAAUAGAAAUCCUCAAUGCUUGUGACAUCUCUACAACACAAGGAAUAAAUGUUCUCAUUGAUAAGUGUCUCCUAACUAUGUUAGGUGGUCUAAUAACGAUGCAUGAUUUGCUUCAGGAAAUGGGUAGAGAAAUUGUUCGGGAAGAAUAUUCGACUAAUGAAUCUGGCAAACACAUUCGAUUAUGGCAUCGUAAGGAUAUCAAUGAAGUAUUGACGAAAAAUACGGGUGCAGAAGCGAUACGAGGCAUAAGCUUGGACACAUCAGAAAUAAGCGAUGGAGGUUUAGAUUUUCAAGCUUUCUCAAAGAUGCAUAAACUGAGAUUCCUGAAAUUGUAUAGCCCACCAGACCCUGAAUCUCUUCCCACUUCGGCAAAAGCGUUCCUCAGUUCACAUGAAUACUCAUGUAAAAAUAAAUUGCUUGGUUUGGAAAACCUUGAAUUAUUUUCUGCUGAGUUGACCUACUUUAGCUGGCGUGGAUGUCCGUUAAAAUCAUGGCCAUUAAAGUUUCUUUCAGGGAAUCAAGUUUUUGUCAAGAAUCUCAUAAAUUUGAUUCAUAUUGACCUCAGUUGGUCUAUACACAUAACAGAGGUUCCAAAUCUCUCUGGGUUACUAAACCUGAAGGAGAUAAUUUUAGUAGAUUGUUUAAAUUUGUUAGACAUCAGUUCCUCCUCUAUCCAGAAUCUCAAUAAUCUUGUGCAGCUGAAUCUAAGCUAUUGUAAGAAGCUUAUUAGUCUUCCAGACAACAUUCAAUCAAAAUCUAUUACUCUCCGUGGCUGCUUAAAUCUCAAAAUGACUCCAAAGAUCUCAAGUAAAGUGGAAGAGCUAGAUCUAAGUUAUACUGCAAUAAAAGAAGCACCUUUCGUUGAAUAUCCAUCCAGACUUGUUAGAUUGAAUCUUUCAUAUUGUCCAGAGCUUGAGAGUCUCUCGAGCAAUAUUUGUGAGCUGCAGUUGCUUCAGUAUCUUUUAGUAAGAAGAUGCCCAAAACUUGGAAGAUUACCGGAUGACCUUGGAAACUUGGAAGCUUUGAAAACAUUGGACGCUUCUGGUAUUUUCAUAAGAGAAAUACCAUCAUCCAUUUUCCAUUUGAGCAAACUUUCUUCAUUACAGAUAUCUCGAUUAUCUGAUGAUGAAGCGCCGUUGAAUUGGGUACCGAAUUCUCUAUCAAGAUUGCUGUCUUUGAAACGUCUUGAAUUGAUUAACUGUCAAAUUCCGGAGCUACCAAACAAUCUUGGUCAAUUAUCCUUUCUAGAAAUAUUAGAUGUGUAUGGAAAUAAUUUUGAGACCAUACCAGCAAGCAUCAAAGACCUUUCUAAUUCGGUUUUCCUGAACAUAUGCUAUUGUGAGAAGCUUCAGUCUUUGCCAGAGCUUAAAAGUGGUCUAAAUGUGGCAGCAUAUAAUUGCUCAUCAUUGGAAUCAAUAUCGGAUUCAUCAUUUCUGUUCUCACCGAAUUCGAUGCAACAAAGAAUAAAUUUGCGAAUUGUUUCAAACUGGAUCUCUCAGACAUUCUUGGCAAGGAAAUUUGUCGAGAAAUAUGUAACGGUAUAUGUUUCCCUGGAAAUGAAAUUCCACGGUGGUUCAGAUUUCAAAAUAUGGGAUGUUGUAUAACUCUGGAGAAGCCACCUGAUUGGGACAACCACUUUCUGGGUAUUUGUAUGUGCGCUGUUGUGACAUUUCCUGAAGGAUGCUACAUCAAAGACAAUUUAAUUGUUGAAUGUCACUGUAGUCUGAAAAGCAGAGAUGAUAAGGAUAAGAAGAUAGGAGUAUACUCAAGCUCUUUGCAUGCUUGGGACACUGAUGAUGUUGUCAAAUAUUCCGCUCCCACUGUACCCUACUAUAUUGGUUCAGAUCAUGUAUUCAUGGGGUUUAAUAAAAUUAUGAAAUCGUCAAUUAUUGGUUGGACCGAACUACAGGUUGACUAUGAGUUUCAGGCAAAGAAUUUGAGCCGUCGAAACUUUGAUGAAGAGAAAAACAAAGAUUGUAGGGAAGAUGAAGUGAAGGUGAAGAAGUGUGGAAUCCAUUUUCUGUACGCCAAUGACUGCAUAGAACUAAAAGAAGGCUUUAGAGGAAGCACUAACUGUGAUGAAGGGAUAAAGAUGGAGGAAACUGAACCACACUCUAAUAAAUUGCAAAUUUCAAAUUUCUUUGCAGGCAAUUCCAGCACAAGGAAGAAUUCAGUAAAUGUUUCAUCAAUAAGGAAAAGAAAGAGGAAGGGGAAGGGAAAGAGGAAGAGGAACCACAUUUUUAAGAAAUUGAGAAUUUUCAGAUUCCUUUAAAAGAGAAUCUACCUCAAGGUAAAUAAUUAAGAUUUCCAUUAUGCGUAUCUUUGUAGUUGAAUAGUUUUCUCUUUCAUUGUUUGUGUUUUGCAGUG